GUGCGCGUGGUGCGCGGCAACCCCCACCAGGGCGCGCAGGCCGACAGGCGGGACCUGGCCUCCCUGGAGGGGCCCUCCGUCGCGAGCGCGCACACCGAGAGCGCCAACGCCGCCACCAUGGAUCCGACGUGGUCCGACUCCGUGCGCCUGUCCUUCACCCAAGAGAGGGGGCUGUACGUGCACGUCGUGGUCGCGGACACCACUCCGAUCGUGGGCCUGGGCCCGCUGGCGGACUUUGCGACGCCCCUGGGCGACGCCCUGCGCGAGCACGAGUCGCCCAGGGUACGACAUCUUCCCCUGGA